AUGAGCAAAGGGCCCUUCAACACUGUCACCCCAAAAGCAGUCUCGGACGAUCGUUUGGCUCCCGCGGAAGACAUCGCAGAUGGUUCUGACCGAGUGCAGCGUCAGGAGCGGCUGGACCAGCUGCCAAGAUGCGGCGGCAUGUUGUCGGAGCCCCGCUCCCAAGGAGGCUCCCCCCAGAGGCGCACUGAGCACCGCGGCCGGGGAUCGAGGCGCGGGAAUGGAAGGGCUCAGCGGGGGAAUGCCGUGUCGACGGAAGGUGGAGAGGUUGUGCGCGCCGGCGGCGUCAACUACCACGGACUCGACGGCGACGCUCGAGCACAAGGGUCUGGAAGUGUGGCGGUAGCGCUGAGCGCUCCGAGCAGAGCAUCCAGUGGUCGACACACCCGCGGCUCAAGCCAAAGAUCCUACGUUUCCGCAAACCACCUACUGGGCUUCAAAUUUGACCGUUCGAUUGACAGAGGUAGGGGCACCCAUCCCCGUCAGUCGUCGAACCCACGAAGGAGGACUUCCGGUUAUGGACAGCGCUACAACAAGGAUGAAUUCCUUCAGGCCAACUACCGUUUCUUGGUCUCUGAUGCUGUCGAUGUGAAUCGGUUUGCUGCAGAGCCAGACCUCAUGUUUGAUUGGGAGGAUGUUGUGCAAGUGGAGAUGCAGGUCACCUCACCUGUGAAGUGCCCCAUUUCCCUGGACAGCCCCCCACUGUGCCCUCAGCUGACACCCUGUGGGCACGUUUUUGGCUUCCCCAGCAUCAUGCAACUCCUUCUGGUGCAUGGUGGCCCUCAGCUCAAGGUCGCGGCACCAUGCCCAUUCUGUUUCAGGAAAAUCGCAGCUCGUGAGCUUCGUAUGGUGGUUAUCCAUGAAGUCAAGGCCCCGCGUGCUGGGGAGACUGUCAGAUUUGAGCUUCUCAAGAGGCCCAAGAACUCUAUUAUUCCUCAGAAGGUCCAUGGUUCCAGAUCUGUGGAUGAACGGGGAGAGUGCACCAGAUUCACAAAGUUCACUACCAUCGCUGACCCGAUGCACCUUUGGCGGGCAAUGGCAAAUGAGCUUGCUGAGUAUGCAGCCCAGGUGGUGUCUGAGGGUGGCACUGAAGCUCAACAUGAGGCCCAGGCUGUAUAUGCAGCCAUGGAUGCCCUAGCAGCUCGUGCAGGGGCUUGGACAGCUGCUAGAGCUGAGAAGUUGGCAGCCAGUGGAAUGGAAGGCUUGGUGCCUGAGCAGGCAGGCCAUGCAGCAGAAAGCGAAGUCAAGGAGGUGUUCACAGCCAAAGUCGCCAGUGCGGCAAGCCUACGGGAGCAGCAAGAGGCAGAUGCAGUAUUGGACGAAUUGUUCCCUGCACUGCCUGGGGCCAGUGGCAGCAGCGUGUUUCCAACCAGGGAACUGGCUGACCCAGGCAGCGAUGACGACAGGAGCCAAGGAUUACAGUCAAGGUCAUCUUCAUCAAUUGCCUCCACCGAAGACUGCGAUCAUCAUGGUGUUUCACCUGGAAACCAGCUGGUGCCAAGUGCUGGGGACCCACAAGGGGAUUACUAUUUCUACCAGGCAGCAGAUGGCCAGUUAUUGUUCCUGCACCCUGUCAACAUGAAGUGUUUGCUGAAGAAGUAUGGCGACUACCUUGCCUGCCCACCCACACUGGAAGGAAAGGUUGUCGAGUUGGAAGAUGUCGCCCAGGACGAGGCCUCAAGAAAGCGAUUUAGACACCUUGCCCAUUUGCCCAACAGAGGCACCUUCAACCUUGCAGAAAUCGACCUGUCCCAUCUACUUCCAGACGAGUUUCUUGAACCAAUUGUGAAACGGGAGGAGCAGCGCCGUGCACGCAUGGCUGCAGAGCAAGAGCGCAGUGCCAGGGAAGAAGCACUUGCACGCGCUGCAGAGCUGGAAUCGCGGCCUCCCAGCCUCCAAGAGUUUCGUUCCAUGCCCAAACCCUGCCAGGGCAACUGCUCAUCCGUGGCCGAGCCUGCAGUGGAAGAGAGCGAUGAGCGUAGCUGCAUUGAAGAUGGAGGGGUGUCAUUUGCUCGCAUCACCAAGAUGGGAAUUGCUGCAAGCUGGGGAGUUACUUCGAGCGGACCGAAUCCCAUGGACGUGAAGUUUCCUGCGCUCUCAACGUCCCCAGGUGCAACCCUCUCUGUCAGUCCUCAGAACGUUUGGUGUCACAAGCAGCGUGCACCCGGUGGCAAGGUCGAGGCUGGCCCGGGCGCAGGCCCAGGGAGAGGCUGGCCAGCGGCCAGCGGCCACAGGGUCAGCGCUGCUGAACUUGUCACGCCGGGGGCCGCUGCGGCUGGCCCAGCAACGGGCAAGAAAGCCAAGAAGGCGUCGAAGACUCUGCUGUUUUCCACGUCCCAGAGGCGGGGCCAUUGA